AUGAAAAAACCCUACACCGCCACACAGCCAACCCCAGCCACAAGUGAUCCACAUCGUGCCCCUAAAGAACAGUUUCUCACAUCACAGCCCCCCACCGCCACACAACGCACCCCAGCCACACGUGAUCCACAUCGUGCCCCUUAUGGACAGUUACUCACACCACAGCCCCCCACCGCCACACAGCGCGCCCCAGCCACACGUGCUCCACAUCAUGAUCCUAAUGGACAGCUACUCACACUACAGCUACACACACUCACACAGCGCACCCCAGACACACGUGAUCCACAUCGUGCCCCUAAUGGACAGUUACUCACACUACAGCUACACACACACACACAGCGCACCCCAGCCACACGUGAUCCACAUCGUGGCCCUAAUGGACAGUUACUCACAUCACAGCCCCACACACCCAUACAACGCACCCCAGCCACACGUGAUCCACAUCGUGCCCCUAAUGGACAGUUACUCACACCACAGCCCCACAUCCCCACACAGCGCAUCCUAGCUACAAGUGAUCCACAUCAACAUCAAAGAGGUCAACAUGAUGCAAAGACAAUACUAUAUGACCAAACACGACAGUACCAAGAAAAAGGAAACGUCGAUCAGAUGGCAGGACAGGCAAUUGCACAGAAUAAGCAAUCAUCCGUGCAGGCUUCACAGCGUGACACACAGCCUCGCCAGACAUUGCCGUGCAAUGACGGGCGUCAUACUGUUGUUCCCAGUGCAACGGAUAUGAUUGACUGGAGCCUUUAUUUACCAAGUUCCAAUGUGCCGUGCAAUGACGGGCGUCAUACUGUUGUUCCCAGUGCAACGGAUAUGAUUGACUGGAGCCUUUAUUUACCAAGUUCCAAUGGUAAAUAUAUCUAA